AUGGUAUGGAGUUUUUCGUUCAGCCUUUGGGUUGUCAACGGCGCGUAUGUUAGCAACUACAACGCGUCGCUUUACCGGGAGCCGGAUAUUAUCGAGAUAGACGACUGUGGGCCUGCGAACUUGAUAUCUGCUGGUUUUGCAUUAUGGCUCGUUCUUGUGCCUGCAGUUGCAUGUGUAGUACAGUUGCCGGGAUCUCUAGUUCUAUACCGACGUUCAAAUUUCUAUCGCUUUUCUCCUGAGCUGGGCCUGGUAGAGACGCUAGCAGUACUAUCUCUACUCACGAAGGCGUUAUGGAAAGGCUAUCGAUGGGACGAAAGCAUUGCUGCCGUCUUUGCAGUAAGAGAUGGAAUUGGGCAGGGGGACCUAUGGUGGAGAAAGGACCUCGAGGCGAUGUUUCCUGCUGACGAAGUGGCAGAUGUUCCAGACGUAGCUAAUGCUUCGGACCAAGAUUUGGACGAGACUUCGAGCGAUCAUAGGGAAGCGUCAGUCAACGACGGUGUCAACGAUGCAGACGCCGCAGAGGAAGGAGAACACGCAGAAGACGCCGAAAGUGUAGAAGACGCAGAGGGCUCUGAGGAUCUAGCCGACGUUGGGGAUGCUGAAGUUACGGAGGAUGCUGAGACUACCGCAGAGGUUGAGGCUACCGACCCAACUGAUGACGAUUCCGAUACUCUAGAUGACCGUAUUCGGGAUUACCUAAACUCAAAGCUUGCUCCGAGGUUGGAACCUCUAUCACAAGAACGUGUACUAGGAGCAGGACUGUUCCUAGUAGCAUUCAUCAAGAUUAUCGCCAUGGUCAAAGCUUCUAUAAAUAGUGGCGUCCGACUGAGCUGCUAUCUUGCUCUUGCUUACUCCACUAGCUACAUCAUUCUGGAGUUCCUGACUUGGAGUUACAUCUUUCCUUUGCGUCAUAAUUCUCUGCGAAACGUACCUCCGGAGAACCUUCUCGAUGUCAUCAAAUACGUUGAUCCGGGGAACAAUCCCUUCACUUUUCCAUCUGAGCUAGGUCCGAAACCCAAUACAACCUCCAUACCAUUGGGUUCUAUUAGCCCCCAAAGUCAAACGCCACUCUCACUGUCAUCCCAAGUAUUUAGACCGUAUCCGGGAUCGGCCGAAUAUCCAUGGAAUAAAUCCAUCGCCAUCAUCACCGCAACGCUCGGCUUCCUUGGUCCCCUGACAUGGCUCGUCGUCCUGUCGAAUAUCUUACAUCCUGCCUAUGGGGCUGUCAUCAUUUCUUGCGCGGCAGUUGGUUUCCUUCUAGCUCGCCUAGGAGGAAAAUGGGUCUAUCAUAUACUGCGCCAAACACUCCUUCGGCCGAAACCUCAACAGCCUUCUUCUGGCAGAUCAAGAAACUCGAUUUCCUCGCAAGCCAACGCAAACACGAACACAGCCACUGCCGAUCCAGAAUCUGGUUCCGAAACCACUAUACCUACCCCCCCACGGGAUCCCUUCGUUCAGUACAACACGCACGGCAUCAUACACUUCUUCACCAUAUGGCUCUGGCGACGAAUCACGGUUGUGAAUCUCUACUCCGCAAUAUGGGUGGCCGUUAUAUGCUACUACUUUGCGCGCAUAUUUCCGGUGAAAGCGGGACUGGUAGGUGAUUCGCCAGAGGCCAUGGUACCGCAGAAACCGAGAUGGCUGGACUGGCUGGGUUAG